UAUAUAUAAUCUUUCUAUAUAUAUACAGGCCCAACUCCUUUUUAUAGCAAGUGAAAGAGCGAACCAAAAUAUAUAUAACUAAUUUCAGGUUCAGGUAUACAGCCCAGUCGAGAGUUCUUUGCUUUAGCAACUACAUGCCAGGCUUCAUCAUGAAAACUAAGCACGAUGCAGGGUCAUCCUCCUCCUCUUCUUCUUCUUCUUCAAUUGCAAUGGAUGAAAAGCCCAGUUCAACCUCUCCGAAGUCAGCUUUGGGAAGAUUACGGCGCAAACUGUCUCCAAGCAAGAGGGAAAAACCUUCUCUUUCAACUGAUUCCGAGGCAAGCAAACACUGCAGCGAGCUCCAAAGGGUGUUCGAAUACUUUGACGAGAAUGGAGAUGGUAAAAUAUCCCCAACCGAAUUGGAAAGCUGCGUGAGGACUUGUGGGGGAAAACUGUCCAUGGAUGAGGCAGAAGCAGCCGUGAGGUCGUCUGAUUUGAACGGGGAUGGGCUUCUGGACUUCGAGGAAUUCCGGAAGCUAAUGGAGGCAAGCGGAGACGAGGAGAAGAAUGAGGAGCUCAGACAGGCUUUUGGGAUGUAUGAGAUGGAGGGGUCCGGGUGCAUCACCCCCACCAGCUUGAAGACGAUGCUGAGUCGACUCGGCGACUCCAAGUCCAUCGAGGAUUGUAAAGCCAUGAUUCGAAAGUUUGAUCUCAAUGGAGACGGCGUUCUCAGCUUUGAAGAGUUCAGCUGUAUGAUGCGCUAGCUGAUCCAUACCCAUUGCUCAUUAGAUGGAAUAUUUUUCCGUUGUUCCUUCCAAUGUCUUUUUUACUUCAUUCAUUCUUUUAUUUAAUAUUUGGUAAUAAAAGAUUCCCAUGAUCUUGUAAAACAA